GGUAUUUUAAUCAUGUCCAGUAUUGUGCUCACCAACAGUUCUUUGUUGCCUAAAUCAAUGACUGAGUACAGAAAUAGUUUCCUUAUUGAUGAAGGAUUGCUCGCAAUUGAUUGGAAGAGAUGUCUAUUGAAAGUGAAGGGGACAGAACAAAUGAGGGCGGGAGCAGAGACAGAGUGUGUGUUGGUGUGUGUAUGUGAAAGAGAGAGAGGGAGAAAGAGAGAGAGCGGUAGCUAUAAAACAGACUUUGGACUCCAACCAGCUCAGUCAGAGACAGCUGUGCUAACAUUCUGACAAACACAACGUGCUUUAAUUUCUUUUCCUGGAAAACAGAUUUUUAAUCAGAAUAAGCCAGGAUGGCGACCAUGUUCAGAUAUCCUGUCUUUCCUCAUCUGCAGGAUCCGUGUGAUCCUGGAAGGAGUGUCAUGGCAGAACCGGACUACCUGGAAGGAGACUGUGAUGAGCUCAUCCAACCCAAAAAGCUGAUUAAUCCAGUCAAGAGCUCCCGAAACCACCAGGACCUACACAGAGAGCUUAUUAUGAACCAGAAGAGGGGCCUUGCUCCUCAGAACAAGCCAGAGCUCCAGAAGGUUCUAGAGAAGAGGAAGAGAGAACAAGUUAUCAAGGCCCAAAAGGAGGAGCAGGAGGCGCACAAGAAGAGAAGUGACCUGGAAAUAGAGCUCAUGAAAAGACAACAGAAACUAGAGCAGCUUGAACUGGAGCAGCAGAAAAUUCAGGAGGAGCAAGAAAACACCCCCGAGUUUGUGAAGAUGAAGGGCAACCUGCGUCGCACCAAGCAGGAAACCGGCGGUGAAGAGCAAGCCACCUAAAAUCUAGCCUGGGUGUCUGGGUCUGGCUGACUGAGAAGCCAAGGAGUGUGUGUUGUGUCUGUGGUAACACGGUGGUGACCUGACCAAGAUGAGCCUCUUGGCGUUCCCUUACCCAGCUGUUCCUUCCUGCACCGAGGAGAGAGACUUUAGAGACUAAAGACCCCCUACCCCUUCUUUCUCCCUGCAAUGGACCGCCAGCACUCGCUCCUGUCCAGCAGUACGCAGCACCCCCACCCACAGGAGGCACCUAACACAGACAUGUUACAGGCUUUUCAACACGGGCCAGCAAGCUUCCAAUGAGCUCUAGUGGAGAAAUGAACCAAACCCAAUCUGUCUUUGCUCUUUUUCUCCUCUGCGAGCUGUCAUUUCUAUUUCCUGUUAUCAGUGUUGUCAUUAUUGUUUUUGUUGCUCAUAUUCACAAUCAUAGAAAAAUCAAAAAGUGGACACUGGAUGGACUCUUAAAGCUGUGUAAAAUAAAAGCCAAACAAAUGUGCUUUUUGUUAUUUAUGUUGGUAGCUUUUAGCCCAGGUGUAGGGGAGGACACUUUUAGUCAUUCUGUGUUUUAUUUUGUUUUACAGCAUGGCAUAUAAAGCCAGAACAGGACAAAGGGAGUGUGAGGUUGUGUGAAAAUAUGCUUUAUUAUUGUUAUUAUUUUUUUAAUGUACAUGAUAUUUCCUCAGCUAAUGCAAUUUUAAGCAAUAGUAGAACUCUUAGGCAUGAGAGGGAUUUUUCUUUAUAUAUUCUAUUGUUUUGUAUGAAAAAAUGUGUUCCUUAAUAAAUAAUUUACAUUUUA